CUUCCUAACGUCUCUGAGGGGUCUACCCUUUACUAUGUCUCUUCGCGCCAUCUCAUGCUGGCCUCCCCGCUCUUCAGAGCAGCGCUUUCGCCUGGUAGAUGGUGCGAGGGAUGCAAGAAGGCAGACGGUCGUUAUCAUAUUACAGCAGAUGACUGGGAAGAGGAAGCUUUCCUCCUCUUGAUGAACAUGCUACACUUGCGCAGCCCUCAGAUCCCGAAGUCCGCGAGCCUCGAACUACUGACGAAGCUCGGAAUCCUCGUAGACUAUUACGACUGCGCCAGUGCCGUGGAAUUCUUUACCACUGUGUGGCUCAACAAACUUCAUAGUUUUGAAAUGCAGAGUAGCUACUGCCGAGAGUUGAUGCUUUGGAUCUGGGUCUCUUCUGUCUUCAGAAACCGAUAUCUUUACAUCCCCGCUGCCGAGAUAGCGAUAGCUCAUUGCGACGACAGCAAUCUUCGUACUUUGUGGCUUCCUAUUCCAAAGUUCGUGUCA